AUGGAAUCCGUCCCGACAGAGCAGCCGAUGGGGCCAGGCCAGCCUGAACAGCCCGCCGCCGGGUCCGACCCCGUUCUCAAGCUGUUCGACCGGACCUGCGAUUCCAUACUCAUGGGACGUCCGAGUCCCGACGACGUCAGGAAGCUGCUGGUCAUCAUGGUCGAGGAUUGCCGAAAGCUCGCCACUUAUCUAGCCCGGGAGCAGCGGGCUCGCGCUCUUUCGGAAACCCGAACUGCGACGAUGACAGGAAAAGCUGAAAAAGGAUUGGUUAAUGUUUGCAAAUCCCUCAACGACAUUGACACGAUGGAUCUGGGACUGGGGAUGUGGUCCUCAGUCGUAAACAAGGACCUCCGAGAUCUGAAAGAUCAAGUUGGUGGCAUCAAAUCGCUUGGGAACGCGGUUGAAGCCAAUAAGAAGGUUCUCAGAUCAGUUCGAGACAAACUUGAUCAAGUCGCCUGCCAGAAGGGCAACGAUGUGGCCAGGUUCGAGAAGUUGGAAGAAAACAUCGCUGGAAUCAGAGGACUGUACGCUGAGCAAGGUAGGGUUCUUCGCGAACUUCGGGCUACAGUUGAAACUUUAGCUGGGGGCGCCGCGCCAGCUCAAUCAGAAGCUGUUGGUCCUCAAGAGCAACUGGAUGAUGCGACUCGUCCAAGUUAUUCCUGGGAUGAUGUGCCAAUCGAGUUGGCUGGUGAAUCAGGCGACCAACAAACCCAUAAUCCAGCGAAUGCUCCAGAGGAAGAGCCACCGAUCAUAGCAAGUCUGGAGUGCAACUCCCUGCUCCAGCCGUUCAACCCAAAUGGAUCGAUGACUUUUCAAGAAUGGCUGGAGAAAUUCGAGGAUUUCCGAGAUCAGCAAGCGACGCCCUGGACCAAUGAUGUAGCCGUCAAGAAGCUCCGAAUGUUUUUGAAUGGCGAGCCUCGGGAGAGGCUGAUCAAAAUUGCUCCAGCGACCGCGCCAGCUGAAGGUGGGAAUCAGUUUAAAAAUUUUGAAGAAAUUAAGAGGGAAUUGUUAGAAUCCUUCAAUAAGGAUGGAGGACAAGCAAUUGCGAGAGCCGAAUUGACUGUCUUGAGACAGCAACAUGACGAGUCAGUUAAUGCCUUUCUUCAGCGGCUCAAACGACUGGUUGCCCGACUUGACCCCGAUAUACCAGCUCCGAUUCGGGAGAAGAGAGUGUUCGAGGAAUUUAUGUCACGUGUCCGUGAUGACAUUGCUAACCCGCUUCGACUGGCCGUGCCUGAAAACCUCGAGCAAGCCCGAGCUAAGGCCUUGGCCAUCGAAUCCGUCAAUGCAUCCAGCCGACUGCUUUCGAGGGACUCUAUGGCGAAUGGCUUCGCCACUAUGGUGCAAGCUCUUGCUGGUGUCAAUGCCAAUGGUAAUAACAACAGCCCGAAAAAGGGCGCAUGUUUCUAUUGUGGGAUAGAAGGGCACUUUUCUAGAGAAUGCCGACAGAGGGCCCGAGAAGUUCAACAGGGUCAGGCCGCUUUUUACCGCCCCAGCGGCGGUCAGCAUCGAGCAGGUGGCUUUCGGAGGCCGCCGAACCGUGAACGAGCAUCGUCUUGGUGGAAUGAUGAAGAAGACCGAAGUCCCAGGGAGUCGGUGA